AUGCGAUACUAUUGCGUAGAAGCGUCGCGGUUGACAUAUUAUGGAGACGGAAGUGUCGUGAGGAAUCUAACCGCGCGUGUGUCAGUAGAGGGGCGGAGGUCGGAGGAGGGCGCGGGCGAGGGCGGGCGGCGGUUCUCCGCGGGCGACGUGGUGUGGGGCCGGUGGCGCGGGUUCGCGUCGUGGCCGGGCGUGGUGCAGGCGCGCGGCGCCGACGGCCGCUGGCGCGUGCGCUGGUUCGGAGCCGCCGCCGCCGCCGCGCUGCCCGCCGCGCGCCUCCUCACGCUCAGCGAGGGGCUCGAGGCGCACCACGCCGCGCGCUCCAACCUGCGCAAGAGUAGGAAAUUGAACGUGCUCCUAGAAAACGCUAUCCAAGAAGCGAUGGCUGAGCUCGACAAGAAGAGCGCUCGUGGUGCAGGGGCUGCGGUAGAAGGGGAAACGAGCACGGUGGAAGACUUGGCGGAGGCGGCCACUAGGACGGAGGCGGACGAGGAGUGCGCGCAGGGAACUAGAACCCGCGCCGCUCGCGCCCGCACUCGUCGCCGCAGAAAGAAAGCCGUCAACCCGGCUAAGCCCGCCGAAACUACACGAUUACGCAGUUCCCGAUGACCACGUUGCACACUGACGGUACGAUUAGUUUCUCAUUGUAUAGAGAUAACCACGCUUAUUAGCAGCGGAUCCUUAAAUUACGUAUCAAUUUUUUAUCGUACAUGCAAACUUUAUAACGCCUUAUUGUUUAAAAUAGUAUUCAAUAAUGCCGUUUAAUGAAAAAUAAUUAUGUCGAGUUGAUUGGUUGUUUUAUAAAAAGUCAUCAUUUCGAGGUAAGUACAUUAAUAAAUAAGAUAGCAUUUCUGUUGAGUGAUACAGUAAGUUGUUCCAAAAUAAGAAUUCUGCGAAGGAUAUUCUGUUGGUCAUUUUCGACACGAUGUAUGAAUUCUAACGCAUUGUUAAUCGAAUUAGGGUAGUUCAAUUUGACAUAAUUCAGAUGAAUGUUUAUUAUAGAUUAUUAUAGACUACAUUGGAAAAUUUUCAACAUGAAUAUGUAUUCCAUAUUGGGUGCUACCACAAAACGCCACAAAUAUCACUCGAAACUAGCUCAUGUAUAAUGAUAUUUAUUAAAUACAUAGGUAUUUGGAAUAUUUCUGCGAUUAAAUUGUAUCACAAUUAGUAUUAUCAGUAUUUAGAUGUUACUGAUACGUAGUUAACAUAGUAUAUUAAAACACUAGUUAGUGAAAUAUUGAGAUUGACUGUUUGGAAAUUGGAUACUAUUAUUUAUGUUUUUAAAAAGUACUAGGUAGUGAUUAAUCAUUCCGUAUUAUAUAUGUGGAGAUUCGUUAGGAUUUUAAAUAUCGUCUCUGUAAAAUGGUUUUAAAAUCGGAUCAAAAUUCCCUUUGGGCAUUAUAGGUUCCUAAUAUGUUUGUGGACAAGCUUCCAUGUAUGUAUUAUACUAUAAAUACAUACUGUAAAUUAGACAUUUACUAAAAUUUUAUAGUGUAGAUAAUAAUUAGGUGUGGCAAUUGUGAUUUUAAAUCAUUAUUGUUACAAGUUAUUUUAUAAGAAUAUUUUAUAAGAGAAGUAGAUUGAUGUCAAUGUAAUUAUUAUAAAUUAUUAAAUUGAAUUCCAUACCUGUCAUCGAUGUAUUGUACAAUUUAUGAUAAAAUGUAAAUUGAUAAGAAAUUAUGCUAUAUGUUGUGUAAAUUUAUGUGUUUUGUUAGAGAGUAAUAAGUAUAACAUGAUUUCUAGUCAAAAUAUUGAGCAUAUUAAAAUGUAGAUAUUAUAGAAAAGGUAACUGACAAUAACACUGGCCUGGCGUUCGUUGACAUCGCGUAAUACCUGUCGACAUUGUUUCGAUUACAUAAUAAAUAA